AUGUUCUCGUCUGAAAAGCCGCCGCUGCAGCAAUCGCAGGAUCACGGACAAUUUGAAGGUGGCAGCUACGCCAUCACCCACCGUGACGCCAGUGCUGUCCUCACUCUAACCCUGAAAGAUAAUGCCAUAGUAGCCUCCGAGAUGGGCGCCAUGAUUCAUAUGUCUGGUACUAUUACCUUGGACGCCGAGUCUAAGUCUUCAUUCAGGUCCUUGUUCAGCAGCGAGGACCAGGGCCGUUCGCUCUAUAUUGGCCCUGGCUCGGUAGCACUUGGGCCUGAAUUGAUUGGGGACAUUGUCACCCUCUCCAUCAAUAACACUGGUGACACUAGAAAGUGGUCGAUUCGGAAACAAUCAUCCCUUGCUUAUACGACGGGGGUAAUCCUGAAAAACACGAGACAUAGUUUCAGACAUGCACUCUUUCAUGACGAGCCCUUGUAUAUUUAUGAAGUCGCCGGCAGUGGACUUUUGUGGUUAAAAGGCCUAGGUGCUGUUGAUCGAAUUGAUCUUGAAACUGGUCAAACUCACUUUGUGGACAGCGGUCACCUAGUGGCUUGGAACUGCAACUACAAGUUAGUCAAGGCGGGAGGUAAUCGACUGGUCAGUUCUGCUAGCGGAGAAGGGCGCAUACUUCAUUUCGAAGGCCCUGGAACUGUAUAUAUAGCGGCUCGAAAAUAUGAGGACUGGAUCGAGUUUGUUCAAUGCUUCCAGAGGAAUAGUUAG